UCAUCAUCCUGCAGAUGCAGAAACCGCCAUGGAUGAGGUUCCGACGAAAUGGAACGUCACCUUCACGAAGCACCUCAAGCAGAAGCGCAAGGUCUACCGCGACGGCUUCCUCUCUCUCCACUCCUCCUCCGCCAAGGUAAUGCUGUAUGACGACAGCGACCAGCUGUUGGAAUGCAGGCUCUUGAAGAAUGACGAAGUUGUUUGCUCCGGUGAGACGCUGACGUUCAAUGCUUAUUUGGUUGAUGUUGGAGAGCCUGAAGGAGGGCAAAAGCCUCUCGAUGAUACUUAUGCUCGCAGCCGAGAAAAUAAAGUUCCUAAGCGAACGAAUCUGCUUCACAGAAACAAGUUCGUCAACAUAUCUGAUUGUGCCGGUAUAGUCUGUUCUUACGUGUUUGUCUUUCUUAAUGCUGGUGUCUCCGUUGGAGAUGAGAAGACCACAGUGGAGAAGCAUAAACAGCAGACGAUCAGUCUAAGCCCAUCUCAGAAGAUUAUUAGAGAAUUCAAGAAGAAUGAAAUGAACAAGUAUGGCAUAUUGCAGGCAAGUCCGAACUCAAGGACAUCAAGUACGACAGAUUGGCAUGUCUUGUAUACAACACAAUUAUCUCAAAAGUCGAAGAAAUAUCAUGAUGGCUUCUUGCGUUGUACAAGCAGUGGAUCUAUCACUAGACAGGUUUUCUUGUAUGAUACGAGCUGGAAACUUUUAGAUAGUAGGUUCCUGAGCAAAGCUGAAGAAGUAAGCCCUGGGGAGAUGAUGGAAUUUCCUGGUCAUUUGGUUGAAGUUGGCAAUUGUGAAGCAAACCAUGAAUCUUUGAGGGAACUAAAUCUAAAUGCAAGCGGAAACAGCUUCAAUUCUCUUCACAAAUUAUAUAUGCAAAAGCAGCAGUGUAAUGUUACUACUGUUAAAUCUGCUGUAGAAGGUACCCUGGAAUAG